AUGGCCCCUGGCAUUUUCUCCAAAUUCUUCGAUCGACGCAGCAAAUGGCCUGUUAUUCAUCCCCGCAACACAGACCCUCAUGCUAUUGGCAUUUACGAGAGCUCCUGCGAAGUAACAGAUAAAUUGACCAACAAAUACAUGCUCCCUGUCAAAUCCCCCAAAGAGCGCCAACGUCAACGCAGCAGGCCUCCGGGCUAUACUCAACACUGCUCUCCACAAAGGAAGAGUCUCUUUUUCACCAAGCUUCCUCGUGAGCUGAGGGAUCUUGUUUACUUGGAGUUGUUCGGCGGUCGCCGUGUACACAUCGAGUAUGACUAUCAGCCACCAAACAUCUUCCUCUACCCUGCAGACGACAAGAUAGGAAAAAAGGAGGAGAAGAACAUACCGCCGUUCCACUGGCAGUGGAAGCAUAUCGUUUGUCAGAAGAGCAACGACUGGGAGGAAGACAAGGAUCGAGUUUACGACACAUGCGGCAACUGGGCUCAUGAGGCCGGCUUGGCAAGAGAUAAUGGCUGGACCGAGCACCCUCCAGGGACGAAGUUGAAGGGUGUCGAACUGCUCAGGACAUGUCAAAGGAUCUACGAAGAGGCUGUCGUCACACUCUACAGCACCACCACCUUUGUCACGGGAGAGAGACUUGACACCCCAUUCAUUAUACCACGAAUCCUCGAGCCGAAUUAUCUCCCUCUGAUCGCAUCAAUGGAUAUAUUCUUUCGCACUCCUCGGUUUGAUCCGUCAAAGCCAAUAACAGACUAUUGGUGGGUAACAUGGCCUGCCUUUUUUGACUUGUUUAAGCAUUCCUAUGUCAACGUGUGCAGAUUGCGGUUAACAAUAGCUAUGACACCUUUGAAGUGUGCCAAGGGACCAGUGACGGAUGAAAGAAUUGAUUCCUUUAUGGCUCCAUUUUACAAACUUGCGAAGAGCAGAAAGUGGACUGAGUUGGUUUUGGUGGUUUGUCCGGAUUGGUAUGAGAUUUUAGAGACGCGCGCUGCCCAACAGAACGUGUGGGAGAUGCGGAUUACGGAUUAUAAUGAGAUCUAUGGUGAUCCUAGAGGGGGCAUUGGCAUUUUUUGA